UAAUUCAUUUCUUCAUACUAUAUUCUUCACUUUCCUUAAAAACUAAGAGAGAGAAAGAUUUAGUGAGUGAGUAAGAAUGUUGAAAUCAGGUCUCCAUGCAAAUAAUGAUAUUCUUGGAGCUGAUUCUGGUGACUGUCUUCGUUUCCUCGAGUCUCUUAAGGAGCUAAAGGAAUUGAGGGCUCAGAUUCAUAAAGCUGCUGAUUAUUGUGAAAAGUCAUACCUGAAAUCUGAGGAUAAGGCAAUUGUGUUGGAGGACACAAAGGAGUAUCUAUGUAGGGCUAUUGUUACAGUUGUUGAUCACCUUGGAUGUGUUUCUGCUAGUCUUGAUGGCUGCAUCCAAAAGAGUGACCGAGUUGACGAAACUCAGCGCCGAAUCAACUGUAUGAAACAAAAACUUGAUUCAUGUGAUCAGUACAAGCAUAACUUCACCUUGACUAAAUUACGAUGGAGUAAGGAUCUGCCAAGAUAUUAUCCUCGAUAUAUCUCACCGACAUCUGAUUCAAGUAAAAAAUUGAGCUCGGACUCGAGGGAACCUGAUCAGCCAACUGAACUCAGAGGAGUUAGUGUGCACGAGUUCAAGACAGUUGAAGAAACGCCACUUUUUGGCUCUAAGAGGAUAUGUCUAGGUACAAGUCCAAGGUCACCACUUGACAUUACAGCCAAAGAAUUUAAUGUCAUGCCCGUUUGUGAUGGAUUCUCAGUUGCACUUGCACCCAAGUUGAUCAGGAAUCCUCCUUUCCAUUUCCAGGAUAAUAAGAAACUCGGUGGGAUCAGAAGACUACUACAGGCAAUGCAGUGGAAAUCUGUGAAUGAAGAAGAGAUCAUAUCAUCAGUGGUUCUUCGAAGAAGUAAAAGGAGGCCGUCUAGAUUGCUUAAGCUUAAACUUUAAGCAUCAUUGUUGAGUUCUUGAUCAUUUUGGAGAGGCAAUUGCAUGUAUUUUAUUGUUUUGUUAUGCAGAGACAGACAGUUUGCAAAGAUCUGCCACUCUGCUAAACAUGAACAUGGCCCCUGCAAGAUCGAGCUGUUUGAACUCUGCAAUGUCGCGUAAACUCAGAAGCAGCAAGCAGUGCAUGGAGGAAGAAGAAUAUUGUGUAAUCCUGUAAAUGUCAAGGCUGUAAUUGUGGAUACAUCACAUAUAUGCUAUAUUUGGCUUAAAUGUAUGUGUCUUUUCUGAUGUGUUAAAUAUGUCAAAGAGACACGUAAAUCUACUGUCUUUUAUUACA